GGAAUAGCUGCGGACAUUCUCAGCUAAUAGCGCUCUAACCAAAAGCCAAAUCAUUCAACAUUAGCAGAAUAUAUCACACGACCAAGUCGUUUCAUUGUUGCUGUCGCGUAGAAGGACUUGUCCGAACACACAGUGUUGCGGCCGGCCGCCAAAGCUCACAGCGCCCUGCUUUUCCCCAGCGCAUUCCAAAGGCAUUGGUGAGCGAAACCGAUACGCCGGACCCCCCCGGUAUGGCCAAGCACGGCAAGGGCGGCGGUGGAGGCAAGGGCGCCGACGCCGCGGGCGGCAAGAAGGGCGCCAGCGGCAGCGGGCCUGCUGCCGCCAACGGCGCCGGCGCCUCUUCCUCCGGCAUCAUCACCGGCGGCAGCGGCGUGGGAGCCUACUCGUUAGAGAUUCGUGAGGGCUGUGUGGCACUGAUGCGCUUCCGCACGCGCGACGGCAUGAAUGCGCUGCUGGACCCCAUCAGCAACGCCAUGGAGGGCGUCAUUGCCAACCGGCUCGGACACAACUUCGCGCUGUCUGACAAGGACCGCGAACAUCAGAACCUGAGGAAGACCUGCGGGCUGCCCAAGACGGUGCGCUACGUGAUCGCCACGCUGGACGGCGACGCGCACUCCAUCCGGCACGAGAUGUGCCACGCACGCUACUACUUGGACCCGCCCUACCGCACCACCGUGGCGCAGGUGUGGGAGGGCGCGCUGACGCCGCAGCAGCGCGAGUCCGUGUGCGCCUUCCUGACGCGGCUCAAAUACGACCCGUGUGUGCAUGAGGACGAGUGGCAGGCGUACCUGGUGACCGAGAAGUCAAACUUCUUCGGCAUGGACCUGGCGGAGGCUCAGCAGCAGCUGGCGGCGGCCUUCCCGCCGGGCAGCUGGCGGUGAGGCUGGGAGGGGGAGGAGAGGACAGGACUACAUGAGCAGUGAAUGGCGCCCAGCAGCAGGAAUAGGAGGAGCGGCGGGCGAGGAGCUGGAGCAGCAGGAGCAGGAGCAGGAGCCGGCGAAAGAGUUUGAGCAGCAAGUGGCAGCAGGGAUUCCCGUGCCCUCUGCCAUCCGUCCUCACGGCCGCCGCCAGUGCCUCAGCGCGUAGCGAUGGCCGCGCAGGGCCACUGCCUCGGCCAGCGCUACGGUCCCGGUGCCGCCCUGCCUCAGCGCCGCCCGCAGCAGCAGCCCUCCACCAGUUCCACACCAGGCAUGCCCUCUGGAGCUCCCGGGAUCCCUCCACAACCGACACGGGCAGCCACGGGGGGGGGGAGGCGGCAGCCACCGCGCCUCUCAAGUCAUGGAGAAGCCUCCUGGCGCCCCUCCAGUCGCCACUCGUCACAUCGGCGUCUGUCGUCGUCAGCCGCUGGGUCGCAAACUCCAUGCCACGCCACGCCGCACCACCCCGCGUCAUGCUUGACGGGCGUACCAUUGCAUUCGCCAGCUCACAUUGCAGCAGCUGUGAGGCGUUUCGCUGCUGUAGGAGCAGCAGCAGCAGCAGCAGCAGCAGCGGCAGCGGCAGUGUGUGUGUGUGGGGGGGGGGGGGCAGGGGAGUUGCUAGUUUCCCGCCAGGGUUCUCGGAUGUAUCCAAACGCUUCGGCCUGCGAGCCCAGAGUGCGCCUGAUGGCAGCGGCAGGCUGUGACCUGGUGCGUGCAGGGACUGUGCCCUGGCAUGGGUAGUUAUGGCGGAUCGAAGGGUUGAUGCCCGUAUGCCAAGGCAGUCCCCGGCUGCAGCGGGUUACAUAAGCACACGUUGCGUGGCUGCUGUGGGCCCGUGUGCCGAUUUUUGUGUGGCCUGUGCCGCGCAUAUGCGGAUGUGCUAUCGAGGAUUAUGCAAAGGUGGGGUGUCACCAUUCCAAUGUCUGGACAUACUAACAGCGAUGUGAUGGAAGUGACAAUCGUGCACGCAGGGAAGCAGACACGUGUAGAUGUGGGCUGUGGCGGCUAUGACCCGCUGUGUCGGUGCUGCACCGGGACAGGCUCUUGACACUAUAAUCUACGGCGUGUGCCUUUCUAAGUGCAAAAGUGGUUGGUGGGUAAAGUGACAGAUCUUGAAAGCCACGGGGCUCUCUGCGUGAGACUGCAUGCAUGGGCCCCGCAUGGUACGCUGCGGUUUCAGGCCCGGCGGUUUUCGGCCCAGCUGGGCGUGGGAGCCUCAAGCCGUGCAGAGCAAAUAACCCCCGGAAAGGUAUAUUCU